AUGCUGUGCACCUCUCAGGCUCUCCUUGCCUCGCUGCGGUACCGCAGACCGUACUGGAUGCUCUUCCUCAAGGGCGCCGACAACUGGAAGAUCUACACUGUAAUCCAGCAGCCAGACCACCAGCGUACGGAGAUGUUGUACCAGGCGUGGCUAGGCGGCCUCGACAGACCCUAUGUGCGACCGAAGUGCAUGGCGCAUCAGCCGGUGUGGCUCAGCAAGAAGCGCCACCUCCUUCAGAAGGCUCGCCUCGAGGGCCCCGAGACGUCCAUGGAGAAGUACGUACUGGAGUGGUACAGAAAGUUUCACUCCUUCCGAGGGACGGAUCGGCCUACUGCAGAGGACCUGCACACUGCCUUCGACCUGGUGGAGCGCCCGCUUGACCUCAGCUACGCCUGUCAGCUGCUGAACCAGUGCAGCAACCACUACUACAUUCGCCUCAGCGAUGACUCCUUCGAGAUCUUCCUCGAGGCGUGUCUGCGGGUGGAUCGGAAGGACUGCGCUAGCUAUGCCCUCCAGCAUGCGGAUGAGCUCGGCUUCUGGCACGUGAGCGACAACUGCCGGCGCUACUUGGCCGGAGAGCAGACAUGGUAUAAGAGAUCGCCCGUGGACCUCCUCUACUACCCCCUCGAAGAGAAUGCGGAGCGCAACGCCGCCGUUACGUCUGGCACCGCGGCCUCUGCGGCGGCCACCUCUGAUAAGGUGAAGGGGGAUGAGACUGUGGAAGGGGCGUCGCAGACGAGUGCGACUACUUCAGCGACUGAGGUUUCCGCGGAAAGUGAGGACGAGGUGGAGGUCACCGAUGACGAGAUUACGCGCCUGCAGGCGGAGCUGGAGGCACUGGAGAGAGAGAUGGGGACAGAGGGGGCGGACGGCUCUGACAAGGCCUGA